UGUGGCGCACGCCCCCUUCCAGAAGCCAGACAUAAACGUCGUCCCUUCUUGUUCACAGUGCAGCGCCACUUAAGUUUGGGUCGCCAAAGUGUCGUAAGUCAGAGUCUCUACGCCUCAUUUACAAAAUGAGCUUGCUGAUGAACUUUUUUACUUUAAUCGCCACGGUGAUCAGCUUACCUCUUCAGCUGAUCGAAGCGGUGGGCCUGUAUGGCGUAUACAAGCGUAUUUUCCCAUUUUGCUUGUACCGACUAAGUUUAUCAUACAAUCAGAAAAUGCAUGACAAGAAGAAGGCUCUGUUUAGCGGUAUCGCUGAGUUAAAAAAGCCUGGUCGCACGCUCAGUCUUUUGGAAAUUGGCUGCGGCACGGGCACAAAUUUUGAAUUCUACCCGUCCGAGUGCAAGAUAACCUGCGUAGACCCGAACCCUCAUUUCGAGAAAUUCCUGCAAAAGAGCAUGGCCGACAGUGAGCAGCACCUGACGUUUGAGAGGUUUGUGGUGGCGUCUGGGGAGGACAUGGGGGUGGUGGAGGAUGAGUCGGUGGACGUCGUGGUCUGCACGCUGGUACUUUGCUCCGUCAGCGACGUCCGUCAGACCCUGCGGGAGGUGCACCGCAUACUGAAGCCCGGAGGGGCCUUUUUCUUUCUGGAGCACGUUGUUGCAGAUCCCUCCACCUGGACCUACUUCUUCCAGCAUGUUUUGCAGCCCCUGUGGUACUACUUCGGUGAUGGAUGCUACCUUACCCGGAGCACAUGGAAGGAUCUGGAAGCGGCUGGUUUCUCUGAACUGAAGCUGACACACACUGAGGGACCGCUCAUCUUUCUUAUCAGGCCACACAUCGUAGGUCAUGCCGUCAAAUAGAUUCUGCAGCAGCAUCAACACCGAUAAAUGUUACCCUAUGCACACAAAAAAUGCCUUCACUCUCAUAGAAACCACUUUUAUAGACCGCUGAUUUUAAUUACAUAAACUUCACAUACUCAUGUUUUUCAAAGUUUGAUGAAUUAGCAUAUCUUAUCAGACUGUGUAAAAACCUUUGGUGUCCCCCAACUAAACAAUGUGUGUGUCUAGUGAGUUUGCACUGAAUUAUGUCGCCUGAUUUUAUUUUUAUCUACUGUGAAAUCACAAUAACACUCUUAAUAAAUGGACGUGUUUUGCCGUGAUAGUC